GGUUUCCCUGCGGCCCCGGCAGGCUCGCUGGCUAUUGGCUGAGCGGGGCGGAUCUGGUCCCGCUCCUCCCCGCCCCCAGUGACACAAUAGCAGCUCCCUCCAAGAUGGCGGCGGCGACGGCGGACCCGGGAGCUGGGAACCCGCAGGCUGGGGACUCCUCCGGCGGGAGCGCGGGGGGCGGACUGCCGUCCCCGGGGGAGCAGGAGCUGAGCCGGCGCUUGCAGCGUCUCUACCCCGCAGUCAACCAGCACGAGACGCCGCUGCCGCGCUCCUGGAGCCCCAAGGACAAGUACAACUACAUCGGCCUCUCCCAGGGCAAUCUCCGUGUCCACUACAAAGGUCAUGGCAAAAAUCACAAAGAUGCUGCCUCAGUGCGUGCCACCCACCCCAUACCUGCUGCCUGUGGCAUUUAUUACUUUGAGGUGAAGAUUGUCAGUAAAGGAAGAGAUGGGUACAUGGGAAUAGGCCUCUCAGCUCAAGGCGUCAACAUGAACAGACUUCCUGGUUGGGACAAGCAUUCCUAUGGUUACCAUGGCGACGACGGGCAUUCCUUCUGCUCCUCAGGAACCGGCCAACCCUACGGGCCCACAUUUACCACAGGUGAUGUGAUCGGCUGCUGCGUCAACCUCAUCAAUGGCACCUGCUUCUACACCAAGAAUGGCCACAGCCUAGGUAUAGCCUUCACAGACCUCCCGGCCAACCUGUACCCCACUGUAGGCCUGCAGACACCUGGGGAGAUCGUGGAUGCCAACUUCGGGCAGCAGCCCUUCCUGUUUGACAUUGAGGACUACAUGCGGGAGUGGCGUGCCAAGGUCCAGGGUACUGUCCAUUGCUUCCCCAUCAGUGCCCGGCUUGGCGAGUGGCAGGCAGUGCUGCAAAACAUGGUCUCAUCUUACCUGGUGCAUCAUGGGUACUGUGCCACAGCCACGGCUUUUGCCCGAAUGACUGAAACCCCGAUUCAGGAGGAACAGGCGUCCAUAAAGAACAGACAAAAGAUCCAGAAGCUGGUGCUAGAGGGCCGUGUUGGGGAGGCCAUCGAGACCACACAACACUUUUACCCAGGGCUGCUGGAGCACAACCCCAACCUGCUCUUCAUGCUUAAGUGCCGGCAGUUUGUGGAGAUGGUGAACGGGACGGACAGUGAGGUCCGCAGCUUGAGUUCUCGAAGCCCCAAGUCCCAGGACAGCUACCCUGAUUCCCCCAGCCUCAGCCCCCGCCAUGGCCCCAGUAGUUCCCACAUGCACAACACAGGAGCAGAUAGUCCCAGCUGCAGUAAUGGCGUCGCAUCUACCAAGAGCAAACAGAACCACAGUAAAUACCCUGCACCCAGCUCUUCCUCCUCCUCCUCAUCCUCCUCGUCUUCCUCCUCCCCGUCCUCUGUCAAUUACUCUGAAUCCAACUCAACAGACUCCACCAAGUCCCAGCCCCACAGCAGCACCAGUAACCAGGAGACCAGUGACAGUGAGAUGGAGAUGGAGGCGGAACAUUACCCCAACGGUGUCUUGGAGAGCAUGUCCACACGUAUCGUCAAUGGCACUUACAAGCAUGAGGACCUGCAGACAGAUGAGUCCAGCAUGGAUGAUGGGCACCCUCGGCGGCAGCUCUGUGGAGGCAACCAGGCUGCCACAGAGAGGAUUAUUCUGUUUGGCCGUGAGUUGCAGGCCCUGAGUGAGCAGCUGGGCCGAGAGUAUGGCAAGAAUUUGGCGCACACGGAGAUGCUACAGGAUGCCUUCAGCCUGCUGGCAUACUCGGACCCCUGGAACUGCCCCGUUGGCCAGCAACUUGAUCCCAUCCAAAGGGAGCCAGUGUGCGCUGCCCUGAACAGCGCCAUUUUAGAGUCUCAAAAUCUGCCAAAGCAGCCCCCUCUGAUGCUCGCCCUGGGCCAGGCCUCUGAAUGUCUGCGACUUAUGGCCCGAGCGGGCCUAGGAUCCUGCUCCUUCGCUAGAGUUGAUGACUACUUGCACUAGCUGACCAUGUCGGCUGGCUCCACCGGGCUUUCCCUCAGCCCCCGGCUGGAGCAGCCCUGCCCUCCACAGGCACCUGGCACGGGAACCUGGCAGCCCCAGGCAGAGUCCACACGUGCCGCUCCUGCCUGGCCUUCCUCCUCUCCUUCCUGCCUUCCUUCUUUCCCCCUCCUUCAGUCUCUCUCUCCCCUCCACGUGCAGCGGCCUGUGACACAGUAUUGACUGGUCACGCUCAUGUAGCGCCUUCUCCUCUGAAUGGGGCAGGGGGUGGUUUUGAAGGGAGGUUGGGGU